AUGAAGACGUUUUUCAGGAAAGACUUGGAAGAUGCGAAGGCGAUGGCCCUUGAUCGAGUAUCACACUUGGAAAGGCAAUGUCAAGACUAUGAGGCAAAAGCGACCGAGACCGAUGAGAACAUGCAAGCGAUGAGCAAAGUGAUGUCGAUUACUCAAGAGACUGAGCGUGAACUUAAACUAAAGCUGGAGCAUUCGUCAUCAGAAAAGCAGAAGACACAAGAGCGGCUAUUCAGAGUCCAAGAGGAGUUAAUGAACCUCGAGCGUUUGAAGCGCAGUCAGGACAUUGCACAAAUGAAGUGUGAGCGGAAAAACGCUUUUCUGACUGCUUCCUUGUCUGAGAUGCAAGCCGAACGAGACAGGUUGAAGAAAAUUUUGGAUACGAUGAACAAGGACCGCGCUGCCCUCGACAAAGCUAUUUCGAUGAUCGAAGUGGAGAACAUGGAACUGCACAAUGCC